ACAGACGUCCGUGAGCAAACAACACCGCGAGCUGUAAGGCGUCUUCACGUCUUCGCCACAGCCUAGCUCUUCAACGAGUAACUACUGCGGACUCAUCUGUGCUGUACCCAACUCGGCGUUGCCAUGGGAGCCUACCUGGAGAAGCCGGUGACCGCCAAGCGCUCCGAUCAUGGGAUGGCUGUGGUGGGAGGGAGAAAGACGGUGUACGCCUCCACGGCCGUGCAGGGCUGGAGGGUCGGCAUGGAGGAUGCACAUGUGAUAGUUCCUGAUUUUGACGAGUCCACAGCUCUUUUUGCAGUCUUUGACGGACAUGGAGGGAAAGAGGUGGCAGAGUACUGCUCGCGCAACAUGCCGGGAAUGCUCCAAUCAAACGCGGCCUACAGGUCAGGUGACCUCUCAGCGGCCCUCAAGCAGCUGUUCAUGGAGACGGACAGACGGCUGUUGGAGGAAGAGGCUGUGAAGGAGUUGAAGAGAUACGUGGAGGGAGCAAAGGAAGGAGAGUCUGACAUGGAAGUUCUUACCAGUGACGAUGAAGAAGAAGCUAAGCUACUGGAGGAGGCCAGAAUGCCACUGGACGAUCUGCUGGCUCAGUAUGUGGCCGACAAGAGUCGUGGAGACACUGCGGAGGAGGAGGAGGGACCCAAGGGUCAAGAGAAGGAAGGCACGCCAGGAGAUGACCAAGUGAAAUCGAUGCUGCAGGCAAUAGCCAGUCGAGCCGGUAUCGAAAUAGACUUCGAGGAAGAGUCGAGUUACUCUGACGAUAGUGAUAUG